AUGAGAAACCUUUUCCAUAUUACCAUUUACUUAGUUACACUUAAUUUAUUUAUAUUGGAAAUAAGUGGAAAGACUAACACAAAUGACAAUAGAAAUAAACGAAUUUCUGGUCCUAAAUUAAGGGGUAAUGUUGUAAGUAAUAUAAACCUCCGAUCAGAUAAGAAAGGUAAAAUUAUAAGAGGGUCGAAUGAUGAACUUAGUAAAAACUUUGAAGAUGUUUUAGAACAAAGCGAAAAAUCACUUGUUUCAGAAAAUGGUCAUAGUGGAUUACAUAUAGAUGAUAGCCCUAAAGAAACUAUUUUUAUUCAAGAAAAUAAAGGUCAAAUUCAUUCUAAGUUAAAUCCUGAAUCAUCAGAAGAUAAUAAAGAUUUAAAUGAUAAUGAUUCAAAAGAUAAAUCCAGUGAUAUAAUUUCAGGAGAUAAUAAAUCAAAUAAAAGAGAAAGUCAUUUUGAAACCUCAUCAGAUUUAGAAUUACUUGAAAAUUCUUCACAAGAUAAUUUAGAAAAUGAGACAAUUUCAACAGAACCUUUUCCUAAUCAAAAACAUAAAGGCCUACAACAAGAAGAAAAUGAGGAACCUUUAGAGCCCCUUCCUACACAAAUAUAUAAUGAUUAUAGUGAAGAAAAUUCAGAACCUUUUCCUAAACAAGAGCAUAAAAAUGUAGACAAUCAUAAUGAAAAAAACACAUUUCAUGAAAGUGUUUCUGUAAAUAUUAAUCAAGAAAAUUCGAAACCACAGUCAUUUGAUGAAACUUUAAAUAUAAAUUCAAAAAAAUUAGAAGAUCAAUUGGAUUUACAUGAACAUGAUAACUCAGAACGUUUAAAAGAUGAAGAAAUAGGAAAUGAGUCACAUGUUCAUGAAAAUUUAUCAGUACCAAAUGAUUCAAUAGAUCAAAUAUUAAAUCAACCUGAACAAGUAUCAAAUGAUCAAGAACAAUUGCAUAAUGAAAAGCAAAAGGUUGAAGAAAAAUCAAAUUAUCAUAUAUCUUCGGUAGAUUUAAAAGAACCAACAAAUGAAGAUAUUUUACCAAAUCAGAAUACAUUAGAAAAUAUAAAACAAAAUGAAUCAGAAAUAAAUCAUGUGCAUGAACAUGUACUACCAAAAGAGAAUACAAUAGACAAACUUGAUAAUCAAAAGGAACACAUCGAUGAAUUACAACAUAAUGUAAAUGUAUUACAAGAAAAUAACAUAAAUGAUCACCUAUUAGAAACUAAAGAGAAACCUAAUAUUGAAUCGUUUGAACCUAAGAAUAUAGAUUUAGAAAUUGUUCUUCCUAAAAAUGUUGAAAAAGAAGAAAAAAUAGUUGAUGUAUCUUCUCCUAAACAUUUAAAUCACGAAUCGUUUGAAGUAGAAACAAGUGAAUCUGAACAUAAAGAAGUUGUAUCUGAAAAAAGUGUCCACGAAACUGUGGAAAAUGAAGAAUCUGUAUCUGAAGAAAGCAACCCUGAACCAGCUGAAAAAGAAGAAAAUAAUCAUGAAGAAAUUCAUGAGGAAGAAAUUUUAAAUGAACAAAAUAAUCAAGAAUCAGGUGAAAGUAAAUUAGUUGAUAAUGGAGAAGGUGCUUUUGAAGGAGCUCGUCAUGAAUUUUCGGCAGAAAAAAAUGAUUCUGAAUUAAAUGAAAAUGAAUUUGUUGAAUCGGAAAAAGGCGAACCUGAACCAGCUGAAAAUGAAGGAAAAAAUCAUGAAGAAGUUCAUCAGGAAGAAAUUUUACCUGAACAAAAUAAUCAAGAAUCAGGUGAAAGUAAAUUAGUUGAUAAUGAAGAUGUUUUUGAAGAAGCUCAUCAUGAAUUUUCAUCUGAAGAAGGUAACGCUGAACUAAAUGAAAAUGAAUUUGUUGAAUCUGACAAAAGUGUAUCUGAACCUGCUGAACAUGAAGAAGUUGUAUCUGAAGAAAGCAAACCUGAAGAAUCUGAAAAUGAAGAAAGUAGUAAUGAAGAAGCUCAUCAGGAAGAAAUUGUACCUGAACAAAAUAAUCAAGAAUCAGUUGAAAGUAAAUUAGUUGAUAAUGGAGAAGGUGCUUUUGAAGGAGUUCGUCAUGAAGAAUUUUCAUCUGAAAAAAAUGACUCUGAAUUAAAUGAAAACGAAUUUAUUGAAUCAGAAAAAAGUGUAUCUGAACCAGCUGAACAUGUAGAAAUUGUAUCGGAACAAAGUAAUAACGAACCAGCUGAACAUGUCCAAAUUGUAUCUGAACAAAGUAAUAAGGAACCAGCUGAAAACGAAGCUGUACCAGUUCCUUCAAAACCAUUUGAGGAAUUCGAAAAGGUGGAUUUUGAACCUAAAAUUGUAGACCUUCAAAUAAUUGAACCUAAUGUUGUUAACUCACAACCAAGUCCACAAGAACCAGUUGAACCAACAUUUGUCAAAAUUGAAAAAGUUCCUUCAGAAGAAAAUAAACAUGGAAAUGUUGAUCCUGAAGUAGAAGAAAAAGCAAAUGUAUCUGAAGUUGUUGAAGAAGAACAUAAUCCACAAGAAUCAGUCGAAGAAACACCCUUGAAAAAAGAUGAAAGUGAAGUACUUCAUCCUGAAAUAAUAGAAAUUGAAAAAAUAGAACCUGAACAUGAAUUUGAAGACAUUCCAGUAGAUGAGGAUGAAUUUGAAGAGGUUCAAACUGAACAAUUGGAUUUAGAACAUAACACUGUUGAUUCAGAAAUAUUAGAAGUUGAAAAAAUUCCUUCAGAGCCACAUGAAAAUGCAGUAACUAAUCCAGAAGUUCUUGAAAUUGACGAAGUUUUUCCUGAACCAAAUAAAGAUAAAGAAGUUCAAGAAAAUAAUGAACAUGGUAAAAAUGGAAAUGUACAAAAUGAAAUAGUAGAAGUCGAAAAAUUACAUCCAGAAGAAGAUAAAAAUAAAAAUGAACAACAUGAAAUGGUAGAGUUUGAAGAAGUUGUUCCAGAAAAAUUUGAAAUUGAAGUACCAUCACAAUCAAAUAACAAUGAAAAUAUUGAAUCUAUAAAACCACAAGAAAAAAAUAAUGAACUUAGUGUUGUUGAAGAAAAGGCAAUUUCACAAGAACCCGUUGAACCUACAUUAAAUGAAAAUGAAAAAGUUGCUCCUAAACCAUCUGGAGGUGAAUCUACUAAACCAGAUAUUGUUCAAAUUAAAAUAGUACAAGAAAAUGAAUCAAAUAAAAAGGAAACACCAGUAGUAGAUCAUUCAAAACAUAUAGAAGAAAGUAUACAAGAUGAUGACAAUGAUGAAGAGGAUGAUGAUGAUAAUAUAGAUUUUGAAGGAUUAUCAAGAAAAGAUGAUGAAAAGGAUUCAUCAAAUAAAAACAAAAACAAAUCAUCUUUUAUAACAUAUAUAUCUACAAAAAAAUUCAAAAAAGUAUCUCAAACUAUUGUAAGUGUUAUGAUCAAUGCAUAUGAUGGUGUUAUUCAAGUUGUAAGUACUAUAAAAGGAAUAGCAAAAGAUAUAGUAAUAUUUUUCCAAAACAUUUAA